CAUCGUAGUGGAUAACAAAAUGGCGGAAGUGAAAGUACAAAAUCUUCUCCGUUUAUACAAGCUUAGAGACAAGUUUGACGCUGUUAUCCUAGCUGUUCAUGCUUGCCUUGUAGAGCGAGAAUUCCGCUGUAUCAAUUCAGGGGAGGAGAGAAACACACAACAAGAAUUUGAUUUUGGAGAGACCCUUCCUCCCGACUGGAAUUCACUUGAUGAUGUUUAUGCUCUUCAAUAUCGCAGAGGAAACUUUAACUCUGUGUACAUUUUAAAAGCCUUGAGGCUGGGUGAUAAAGUGAUGCUGUAUCUCAUGGAAGAAGAUGAGUCCAAAAUGUUUGACGCAGAAUUAGAUGUGGAUAGCUACACUUCCACAUCAGCUGAAUACAACUGUGCACAGGGAACCCAACAGAUGGACAGAAUAUUCAGACAUCUUGAUCAGUUGAAGACAAAAAUAUUCAAAGAAGUUGUUGACAAAUUUACUUCAAGCAGCAGAGCAGGUUCCAAUGAGGAAAGAAGACAGAACAGAACAGAUAAUCAGAGGGAGCAACCAAGCAGAUUGAUUGAUGAUGACCCACUGAGAAUACCUCCACGCAGACCACCAGACUUUCAUGGGGAAUGGGCACCACCAGUUGGGCCUUUUGGAUAUGGUGAUGGAGACAGGUUCCCUGGAUACCCAGGUGGUAGUGGUGGCAUGUUGAUGGACCCUUUUCGUGCAGGAGGUAUGGGUGGGGUAGGACCUGGAAGGCUUGGACCACAACCCCUCCCAGGACAGUUGCCAAGAGGGGCUGUCCCUCCAGGUGCCAGGUUUGACCCAUUUGGACCAGUACCUCAUGGAGGAUCACGCACUGAUCCUAGGUCAGGAAGAUUUGCUGGACCUGACCCAGAUCACUUGCCACCACCAGGAUAUGAUGACAUGUUCAUGUGAAAAUAAUGUAAAAGAUUUGGUUUUCCAAGCCUAGAAUUAUGAAGAAUCAGCUUGUUAUUUCUAAGUUAAACUUAGUUUUAUGUGCCUGCUUUAGUUUUAUCUGCCUUAAUAUUUUGCGCAGGUACUGGUACAUAUACAGCUCAAACAUUUUAUAAGCCAACAUCAUCAAUGAUAAUGAUUAGGUGGAGUGUAGGGAGUUACAACAAGAAUUUCUUCAAGUAGUGCAAGGUUGUUUUGUAGAUUGGAGCUGGCAAAAUUCUCUAGCUUCAACAUAAUUACAGUUGGUAGCCUCUUCAAGCUUUACACAUAAUUAAAUUCACAGCUGCCCAUGA